AUGGCGGUACAUGACCAAGGCUAUAUCGAUCCGUGGAUAUUUCAAAUGCCCUUUUAUCAUGGGUAUCGUUUCUUUCUUCUUUUUGUUGAUGGAAGAAGGAAUAUUCACCAAAGGACUUCGGAUAACAUUAAAAUCGAUUGACUUCAUUGAACUUUCGCUUUAGCUCUGAUGAAUUUUAUUCAGCGAUUUUUUUUUCUCUAUAUAAAUUAUAUGUUCGUUUUUAUUAGAAAACUUUUUGAUUUGGUCAGCUGCCAGAUGAAAGGAACAAUGGGUUAAGGUAUUUGCCGCGCGAAGAUUUACCGUUUUUGCUCAAGAAGAAAGGCGACUUUGUCGUCCGAAUAUGCGACGUGCCACUUGGUUUCUUUCAGAAGGAAAGAGCUUUUUCUUGAUCCAAAGAUUUUUUCAGCUGCCCGGGCUAUCAAGAAAAGGGAUCGGACUUUGAUCAUCUCCCUCGUCGUGCGCGACACCGAAAGCCUUGACGGCGUCGUUCCACCAAGUCAUGUGAGAGAUGAUGAGGAUUUAGAAAAUCUUUGAAAAUGAAAGGAAAAAUUAUAAAGAAUAAAUGCCGUGUUCAAAGUAAUUUCGGCUAUUUCAAAAUAGACUCGUUAUUCGUUUAAAAUGACUUCGGGGAAUGGGCAGAAUUGGUAUUCCGGGAAAGCGCAGAAAAAAUGAGUCUCACAACGAUAUAUCGUUAGGUAGGCAUUUUCACUGUAACUUCAACGCCCGAACCCAAAAUUUUGCCAUUAUUCGGGCAUUUUCUUCAAAAAUUUCGAAUUGGUACGUGAAACUCAUCGUAAAAAAUGCAUAUCUAACGGAUAUAUGGUGGUGGGACUCAUUUUCUUGCGCCUUCCCAGAUUACCAAUUCUGCCUAUUCCCUGAAGUAAUUUUAAAAAAAUAACGCGUCUAUAGCCUAUUCCGCGCCAGCUUGUCACGUUUUUCUUCCCGCCAAAAAGACCGUAUUCUAAUUAGAUCAAAUUUCUGCUCUUAUAACGGCAAGAAACAACGGUCUUGAAGCGAAAGUUGGUUAAAUUUGACCUGGACUUUUGGCGGAAAGAAAAGCGUGACAAGCUAGCGCGGAAUGGCCUAUACUAAAGAUAACUGCCGAGUCUGGCACGAGAGAAGUGCGAGGUCGGUGGCGGUACAUUGGCGAAUUCGCAAAAAUCUCGCGGCGGUCUCGCAUUUAUCUUUUAUUCAUUAGCAAUUUGAAAAUUUCCGAAAUGCAAGGUUGCGCCGAGAAAAAUGCGAGGUGGAGAAAGCGACAUGUUUGCGAGUUUGCCACCGACCUCGCGUUUAUCUUGGCAGUUAUUCUUAGUGUUUAUCUUAAAAUCGCCGAAAUUACUUUGAACACGGCACAAGGGACUCUGAGAAAAAAAGAAAAUUUCGGUAGAAAUUUCAUACAGCCUUGUGUUUGAGGGAAUGUUUGAUACCAUAGCUCAGAAAAUCGCCAAUUUUCUAAUCUCUUUCGCACAAUUUUUUCGAUUCAACUCAUCGGUUUUUUUUACAAUUCAAAGGGAAGCCUGAUUUAUAUAUAUUAGAUUUACCAAUUCAUUAAUUUCAAUAUUUAAAUAUUUUCAAACAAUAGAACUUUUUUUGGCUACUGUUCAAUGGCGAGAAAAAUCGAACAUUCUUUUAAAAAACAAAUUCAGUUUUACAAACUACUCAGGUGAUUGUUUCAAGAAAAUAUUUGGAAAAUUGAAAUUGAUCAAGUUUUUCACUUAUUUAUGAAGUGAUGACUUCCCUAUUGAAGCUAAUCACCAGAAACACCUUCAAGGAGUAUCAAAUGUUUAUUCCUUUCAAGGUACGCCACAUUGUUGUGAACUGCCGACAGGGCCACAACUAUGUCGAGCUGAAAAAGGAAUUUGACAGUCUUCAAGAGCUGUUCAGCCACUAUUCGGUCUACCCCAUGAAGAUCAACACCAUCGUCGGCCCUCAACCAACCACCGGCAAGAGCGCGAAAGGCGCGAAAAGCAACAAUUCGACGAUUACCAACAAAGUGCGGAUACAUUUUUAGGCUUUUCAAAAGAAAUGCGGGAUUUUUUCGUGUAUCUUUCGUUUUAAAUUAAAUAGAGUGUGACAGAAAGUGGUAGGAUUAGUUUCAACAAAAUCACCGCCCUUGAAGCGUCCUUGUCGCGUUUUGAAGCUUUUUUGGUCUUCAAAAUUCCUGUCGCGCGUAAAAGUAUCACAACUCUUGCUAUGAUGAAGGAACUCGUCACGAUAAAAGAAUUUGAAAAAAAUCCCAGAGUAUAAAUGCGUUCUUUUGCGCCCUUCGUUUCAAGACUUUCACAUUUCUGCGCUCAUGCUUUGAGACCUCUGAUCAAAGAUGUACGGUUUCCGCCCUCAAAAAACGGGGCGAAUAGGCUUUAGCACUGGCGAGGAAGAAACUAUUGAAAAAAACUUUGAAGAAAACUUUCGCCGUCAAUUUUUUGCUUCAAUUAUUAUUAAGAAUAGCAUUAUAUCAGACUGAUCAUGAGAUCGCGCUGUACCCAAUUUCCAAAGAGCUUUUUAAAGAAUUUUCCUUUGAAAGUGAAAUACGACGCAAUCAACCCGAAUUUCUUUCUGAACACGGCAUUAAUUUUAUACACCCUUCGCCACAACUUGAAACAGUCUGAUUUCUCUACGCUCUCAUCAUUCAUUUUUUUUUUUGAGCUUAUCGGUUAGGGAGAAGAGAGCACAGAGAAGUCAGAAUUUUCAUGUCAUGACGAAUGGGGUUAUACGUUUUUGUGAAAGAAUUUUUCUUCAGUCUACAUUGACGCGAACGGUUGAUGAUGCGCUUUUGCUCCGUGGAAUAUCACUGACUCGCUGGGAGUUCCGCCACACUAACAUUGAAAUCAUCAAAAAGGUGAUAUAUUGACAUUUUUGGUUACGGUAGGUUUUUUCAUAGCUUACCUUUCCGGCUUUCCCUACGUUACCUGAGACUUUGGACGUGACUACUCAAAAAAUACUUUGAAAGAACCUUGCAGUUCUAAAUUAAGUCAAUUUACCGUAACUAGAGAGAGAAAAAAAUUAGUAAGUUGAAAAUCCUAACGUUUUAUAGGUUGGUCAAGGAGCAUUCGGCGAGGUCUACAAGGGAAGCUUGAAAAACAGGAAAAAAGGUUUCGUCGCGAUCAAGACGGUUUAACAAAUGGAUGAGCAAUAGCUAUGGAUAAUGUAUAGAUGAAAGCAGAGAAAGACAUGGAGAAGGAUUUGGUGCGGGAAAUGAUGGCCGAGGCAAGGGUGAUGAGAAGUUUGAACCACCCGAACAUUGUCCGGAUCCGCGGCGUCGCCCUUCUUGAGAAACCGCUCUUUAUCAUUAUCGAUUACAUCAAUGGUGGGUCGAUGUAUAGGGAUAUCGAAAUAAGCAAGACGCUUAAAAGUUGAAUUGAAAAAUUUCUGAGCUUUCCUUCUAUAAUAGAAGUCUAUUAAAGUUGAGAAAGAGAGAAUAAAUAAACAUAGAAAGCCGUGUGGAUCUGAAAUUUUCUGAGCUUUUUUUUACCUCGAGAGGUCUGAAAUAGAUCUGAAAAAUAGCUCAUGUAACCUUGCCAUGGGAUGAGGCCACAACUUGCAUGGUUUAAAAAAUCGAACAGAUGGUAGAGAGAUAGGGACCGCAACCAAAUUUUCAAAAAAAUUUUCGAACUUCAUGCCGUGUUCAAAGUAAUUUCCGCGAAAUGCAAAAUAGUCUCUGACCCUCCAAAAUUUAGUUAUCUUUCUCUUUCUCUGACGGCUAUUUUGAAUUUCGCGGAAUCACUUUGAACACGGCAUCAAUAUUACUAUGGUUGGAUAGCUGCUCUAAAUUAUUAUUCAAAACAGUUUAGUUUUUCGAAAAAGAUUAAGAACAAAAAAAGUUAUGGUCAAAACAGGAUGGUACGACAAAAUCUCAAGUCCGCAAAUCUCGAGGACCGUAAUCUUGUGUACGCAGAUCUAAAGUCCCAUAAUCUUGGAAACCAAAAUCUUGGAGACCAAAAUCUUGAAAACCACAAUCUUGGAAAGCAAAAAUCUUCCCUUUUAGUCUUCUUUAUUGCACUUUAUCUACUUAUAUUCUCUUUUUUGGAUCACCGAAUACAAUUUCUGAAAAAAUCUGUUCGCAAAAGCGUUGAUUUUUGCUUUCCAAGAUUGUGGUUUCCAAGAUUUUGGUCUCCAAGAUUUUGGUUUCCAAGAUUAUGGGACUUUAGAUCUGCGUACACAAGAUUACGGUCCUCGAGAUUUGCGGACUUGAGAUUUUGUCGUACCAUCCAAAACAGUAGUGAAAAAAGUCGCGAAAUUUAGUACUGAAAGUUUAGAUUUUACACUUUUGGUCGUUCAUUUUGUUUUCAUGUCGUAUUUAAAUUUUUUAGUAAUUUAGUUCGGUUUUCAAAGUCAUAAUUAGUUAUAAAAACAGUAUAAAACCACAAGUUUGAAGAGAAAAGCUAUUUUUUCAUGAAAAAUUAAAAAAAUGGCCGCUGCGAGGAUCGAACUCGCGAUAUCAAAACUGUAUGCAAGCGCACUUGCGCUGCUCCACGUGCAUCCUUCGGAGAUGGGAGGCGUUCGCGCUAUACAGUACUUCACUUCAAAGUACAGCAUUUACCGGCUAGCUUGUUUUAAAAAAAAGUUAUGAUAGUUGAACAAUUAUUAGUCACGUGUGUUCGGACCAUCUAAAAAAAUAAUUUAUUCAUAGAGAUUCAGUUCAAAAAUGCUUCCGUUUUUCGGUGUUUUUUUGUUAUUUUUUUAACGUUGGCUUCAAAUUAACAAUAAUUAAACUUUUUAGGCACCGUGGAAAUUUUAUUUUUUUAUUUUUUUAAUUGAUUGAAAAAAUUGAGAUACGCUAAUAUUUAAAAAAAUAAAAAGCGCCAACGACAUCUGACCAUGUUAAAAUGAAUUUCGAAAUUUUCACUGUCUAUUUUUUUCUCAGAAAACAAAGUUUUUCGAAAUAAGUUUUAUAUUAAUAAAAAUUUCAGUUACAAUUUAAUCCACAAGUUGAAAUAAAAAAAUUUUUUUACUUACACGCUCUCGAAACCGAGUACAACAUUUUCAACUUUGCGCGGACUCACGAAGAUUAGGCACCGUAAAAAUUUUAAUUUUUUUGUCUUAAAAAGAUUUGUUUUUCACUUAAGAAUCGAAUUCGAAAAUAAAAAAAAGCGCCAACGACAUGGAACUAGGUUAAAAACCCAAAGAAAAAAAGUAGUUUUGGUUUUUUGUACGACACUCCGCUAAAACUCUACGAAAAUCGGUUGAAAAGUAUAUCAGAUUGAAGAGGAAGGUUUUCUCUAUGUUUCCACUAAUUGUCUCUGUGUUUGGUUCAGUAUUGCGUUUGUACGAAAACAUCAAACACGAAAUCUAAAAAACUAUCGCAUUUCACCAUCGCAACAAGGGGCGUGGCUUUGCGGUCUCUAUAGAUAGAGCUGGUGCACAGAAGACGUCAUCUCGCAGAUCAUCUUGAAUCUAGUCCGAAGUCCUCGGAACUUGCCCCAGAAGUCUCUUUUCCUUCACUUCACCUUCUUCAGGCGGAUCUCUGGACUCCUACUUGAAAGCCAAUCAUGAUUGCUUGUCAGAAAUGGAAAGGAGCAAGGUGAGAUCAAUUUAACUCAACGGCGACGUAAAAUGGCUCGCGAAUUGCGCACAACCACGUGCAUUCCACUUGCGACCACGGCUUCUCGAAUCUACAGUAACCUAUUACAGAUGGCAAUGUGUGCUGCCUGGGGCCUACAGUACCUGCAUGAAAAGAAAAUUAUUCAUCGUGACAUCGCUGCAAGAAAUUGUCUCUAUGAUGAUGAUAAGAUGGUUUUUAGUCAAUGAAACGGAAAAAAUAAACAAUUAUUCUUAGGUCAAACUCAGCGAUUUCGGUCUUUCGCGCCAGGGAACUGUUUACAAAAUGAAGCAGGUCCAGAAAAUGCCGGUGAAAUGGAUGGCUCCGGAAUGCAUCAAGGGACUUAUCUUCUCGCAGGCUUCUGACGUCUUCUCUUUCGGGGUACAGGGGUUUGUGAAAAUGACACCUUUUGAGCUCGAAGAUAUCUAAGUCGGUGCAGAACUGACCUUAUAAAAAUCGUGGAAAUAAUUUAUCCAAUAAAAAAGUACUCUCCAGUCAAGCGCUGGCUUUCGCGGUGAGACCAAAAUUGGUCAGUGAGCCUAUUCUCGGUGAUCUCCUAUAAUCUUUAUGAUUAUUUAAGCAAACAAAUUACAAUUCGAAAAUAAAAAAAUGAAGCUAAAGUUUUUCACCUGCGCUAGUAAUAAUGAUGAAAAUCCAUUUAACCUGCUCAACUCACCAACUUUUUGAAGAUUGUUGUAUAUGAUUAGUGAACUUAUUUUGUUCAGAACUUUUCAUGAUUUUAAUGAAUAUCGAAAAUUUUCAGAAAAAUUUUAUCCUCAAUUAGUUUUUAUCUCCCGAACUUUAUUUUUCAAUUAUAGUCCCCGUUUUACGAAACAAUUUGUUAAAUCUUUUAUGAAUAGUCCUGAUAACGUCGAGAACUAGGCUUUUUUACAUCCGGUGUGAGCUGAAUAGGCGAAGAACUAGUCUUAAUCACCCUGAAAAAAUUUGAGCUUUCUCAACAGUACCAUAACCUCGAUCCAUGCGCUGCCUUUCGCGACAAGACCCACACUUGCUAGUUUUUUCUAUUUUUUUUUCAGCUUGAUGAGGCUCUUCUUGAUUAUUUUUUUGAAAAAAAAUUGAAUAUUUUCUGAAUUCCUUUAUAUUUACAGAAAUACGUGUUUUCCUGGUUAUAUUAAUGAAAAAAACCGAUUGUGGUGCUCAAAACAGUUUUUUUAGUGGUUUGAAAUCAUUCUUAUCUUAGAAUUUCGCUAGUAAGUGUCUCUUAGUUUUUUUCAAGACUUUCAAAAAAAUAUAUUUAAACUGACAAGGAUCUAGUUGGACGCAUUUUCCGCUAUCGAUGUUUUUAGGCUAUUGGGUCGAAAAUAAGGACUGUUUUGAAUUGAAUUCCGAACUCUUCUUGGAGCUCUAAAAUUUGCGCGUCUUUUGAGCCCAAUCUUGGGUGAAUCGGUGCAAAAUGGCCCUUAAUAUAAUCAUAGGAAAGUUGAGGUUUUCUUAACGAUACCGUAUCCUCAAGCCAAGUGCUACAUUUCGCGGCGGGAGUCGCGCAAGCCAUUUUGCGUCAUUCGGUGCUUGAUUAUGCUAUUCUCAAUGAGUAUCGCAAAUAUGAUUGGAUAGAAAACAUGCUAAAACUUCUCACAGUAAUUGAAAAACGGGGGAGAUAGUCAGAAAUCUGCUUUUUGGAUUUUUUUUUUGAAUUUGGCACGUUCUGAACUCAGUUAAAACUUCAGAAAGUUUGUCAUCACAUUAUUUUCUCGACAUCUCUCAACCUAGAUGAAAUUUCGAGUGAUCAAACUUUCCUCCCAACAGUAUAGUCCGUUUUUCGCGAUUUGAAAGGGCGGGACCUCUCUGUGCCCUCUUCGUCCCUCAACGACCCUCUCUUGUUGACGCGCUGUUUUCGCGUUUUUGUGACUUCGCGGGUGAAGGAACAGAGAGACUCAGACACUCGAAAACUGUCAAGACAGAUUAUAUAUCGAAUGCUGCAAAGAAAUUUGGAAUUUUUCUGAAUCACUCUGAUAGUUUUUAGAAUCGCGCUUUUUUGUAAUAUACUCUCUUUCGAAAUGACACGAAAUUGACCUUAAUUUAAUCGUUGAAAAAAAAAGACAUUUUUGCAACACUGCAGUAUCUUCAAGCCAGGCGCUUUUUUUUUCGCGGCGAGACCCACCUUUGCUAGUAUUUUUUCAUUUAUAAACGGGUUCCAAUGUUCAUCAACUAAAUAUAUAUGUUUCAGAAUCUGCUUUACGAAAUUUACACAUCGACAGAGCCCUACAACGGUAAAACGACUGGUGACGCAAAAGUGAUGGUUAAAAAAUCUGCUUUUUCUCGCUUUGAAUCAUUUUCUGAAGAUCCUCACUGGAAAAUUUAUGUCGGUGAAAGAUCGAGCGCCUGAAAAAAUUGCGAAAUUUGUCGACAACGAGAUUAUGCUCAUGGCACCGGAGAAACGGGCUUCUAUGAAUAAGGUUUGAGAAAAUGAAAAUCAAAUCCACAUUUUUGAGAACUGCUAGCAAUGAACGGAGUUUAAUCUUGGUUUUUAGUGGUUUAGCGACGAAAGUUCAAUACAUGGCUUUUUUCAACGAAUGUAGAUGGUUUUCCUCGACUUUGAGGUGUCUUUUUGCAAACUAGAAUUUUUCAAGUUAAAACUUUAAGAUUUCAAUCUGGUAUAUCAAGACACUAUACCUUUGGAUAUCUUGACCAGCUUUCAAAAGUGUAUCGAUCGCAAAUUGAAACUUCUCCGAGCGCUUCAAUUGUUCAAAUUAAUUUUCAGGUCGUCAAGUUCUUAUCCAACUUGCUAGGUCUUGAGUUGGAAGUGAUGGAUAAAGAGGAAGAAGAGGUUGGUAGUUUUUCUUUUUUUUUCCUCUGAAAUUAACAAUUUAAUUUGGUGACUUCAGCCGAGCAACACCCCAGUAAACUUGCAAGCUCUGGUGCCACCUCCAGCUCCAGCUCCAGCUCCACCACCGGCCAAAGCUCCGGACGACUCGGAAAAAACUACUCUCUCAAAGGUUCGAAAGCUACAAGAACCUAUAACGGAGCUUUCAACAAAGAUCUUGAAGGAAAUACUAGCGCCUUUGGCUUUUUUUUUUUCGAAGAAUUCAUUUUCAAAGAGAUGAAAAUGUGUUGAAAAAGAUGAGUAGAUUUUUUUCUUGAAAAUGUGAAAAAAAUCUGGGCAGAACUUUUUUGCACCUGUUUAAAAACUCGAAAAAGAACUUUACUCCCUUGAAAAAUUUUUGAAAAAAAGAAAGAAAGGUCAAUUCGACUUUUCCUGAGCGGAGACAACAUUUAAGUUGAGAGAAAUUGACUUGAGAAAGAAAAGUAAUGAAAUGGAAACUUGCAGGCUAAAACUUGGAGACAUAUGCUCGCAGCAGCAGCCGGCCCGCCGGCCAAGGAGACCAACACAAAGUAUGAAUAUCCUGAGACGAGUGCCUUGGAGCAGGAAAACUCUGACCAACCCAAACUGAAUCCCCUCAGUCCACUCAGUGCGAGAAGUCCGAAGAGCCCCAAACCUGGAGACUGA